CGCCCCCGGGCGUCCCUCCGCGGACCCCUCGGCCCGUCCUAGCGCGGGUCGCCCUGCUCCCGCUCCCGGGCCAGUUCGGCGCCCGCCCUCCGAGAAGCCACGCUCCCCGCAGGCGCGGGCCCCCGCCUGUGCUCGCGGCGCCGGCAGAAGACUCAUCUUUGAAAAUAUGUAUUUGGGAGAUAGUCACGUUCUAUUGAAUACCUUGUGCUGGUGCUGCCAUAGAAAAAUCUGGUUACACUCCGGGGAGGUCUGCUGCGGCUGCAGGACUGAUCCGCCUUGGCCCUGA